AUCUACUGUACGUUUUCAAACUCUCAAGUUGUACCUUGUGUUCCAUGUGCUUAUCAUGCACUCCUCAUUUGCUUUUUUUCAGCAGACGAAUAUAAAAGGGACAGUUCGCUUCCAUGUAGGUUUUAAACUUUAACUGCUUACCAUAUGAAAUAAUAAAAUGUAUAAAGUAACCAAACAGCCGCGAAGAAAGGAAACAAGAAUGAACUGUUUCAGACAUUGAAGACUUGCAGUUUGUGGCAAAAUUAAAAACAAAUACUUAAGACUAUGAUUAUUUGGCAGGUUUACAAGCGCCAGUAGGUGGAGCUGAGGGCGAAAUUGUCAUGACUUAUUUCCAUAACUCAAGAAAGCUUGUAUCAUUUAAUUAAGUGAUUUACUUAAAAUUUUACUACCGUAAUAGAGAGGCGGAAGAAAUUAUGCGCAGUUAAAAUAUAAAUCAUACAGCAAGCCCUCCCAAGCAAUAGUCGUAGACACAAGCCAACCGAAAAAAGACGAAAAAAUAGGAGCCUGAGCCGCGACGAGGGUCUAUUUCUAGAUGCGCGUUCUCGGGCGCGACGUUCUCGAGGCGACUCUCUGCUUUCUGUCACCGGUGUCAGCUAGCGGCUUCCCCCUGUGGCCCCCGCGGCAAGCUGGAGAGGAGAGGCGGAGGUUCUGAUCGUCACCGCUUCCUCCUUGAUGACCUAUCCACGCUCCAAGUCUCCCCUUGACUUUUUAAUUUUUUAAUAAGUGUUUUUUGUUUGUUUUUGAGGGCGCCGUUUCUUCUUCGCAUCUAACAGCGUUUCCUGCAUCUGCACCCAGACACGCACGUGUUUGAUUUCCGCAUUUUGUUUCAAAGUCUCCAAGUUGUCUUGUCCGUGCACCGGCUCGAGUCUCCGCUCCUGGAUGCCCAGCCGCAUUUACUCACAUCCUCCUCAAUCUAGAGUGAGGACGUUGCCUCACCGGCCGGCACGUGCCUAAUGGUUAUUUGUGUCGUAAUAUGCAUUUAAUUUUUGUUUAUUCGAAUUCUUUUGUUCAAAUAAGCAAGGAAUAGUGUGCAGUUUGAUGCGCGGGAUAGGCGCAAUCUUUCUUUUGCUCCAAGAUGCCAGUGAGACGGGGUCAUGUAGCGCUCCAGAACACCUACCUGGACACCAUUAUACGCAAAUUCGAAGGGCAGAACCGCAAGUUCCUGAUCGCCAAUGCGCAAAUGAAGAACUGCAGCAUCAUCUACUGCAAUGAUGGCUUCUGCCAGAUGUUUGGCUUCUCGCGGGCAGAGAUAAUGCAGCAGCCCGGCACCUGUCAGUUCCUAGUGGGUCCAGGCACCAUGAAGAGUGCCUUGACCCAGUUGGGGCAGGCUUUGCUUGGGUCUGAGGAGCACAAGGUGGAGAUCCUCUACUAUGCCAAGGAAGGGACCUGCCUACCCUGCAUGGUGGACGUGGUUCCGGUGAAGAAUGAGGAGGGAACAGUUAUCAUGUUCAUACUCAACUUCCAGGAGCUGCUUGACACUUCGCUGAGGAAGGGGGGGCUCAGGCAGCACAUAGCCCAGGGCUGGGUCCGGACCGGUCAGAGGCACCGGCUGAGGCUGAGGCUGCCGUCUCUGCGGGCCAUCUCCCUGCGCCGAGCCUCCCAGUCCAAGGACCAGUUUGAGGGUGUGGUGGUGGACUACCUGCAGUGCCCCCUGGUGGAUUGGAGUCAGGGAGCAGAGGCCUAG